CUCUCCUCAAAUUGCAUCCUGCCGACGCCUCUCGAUCGGGGCUGUUACUCUUCGGCAGCUUCGAAGUUCCGAAGCUCCAAAGCUUCGGAAUCUUUCGAAGCUUCGAAGUCAACUUCAAAACGAAGUUUUUCAUGCCGAAGCUGCGAAAACUAGUCUUCGAAGAUAUCACUCUUCGAAGCUACGAAGGAUGCUUCGAAGGAAGCUUCGAAGGAUUGCGAAGGGGCGGUUGUUUCCGAGCCUGCGCUCUUUGUUUCCGCACGCACGUAUUGCAUGCUAGGCCAUCUCAGUCAUCUCUAUUCUACAUUCCGCGGAUAACAAAAGUAUGAAAAAAUCAGGCAAUAUAUAAUCUAAAUUAAAAAAAACUUUUUACACAGCUGUGCUCGGCACUUCGAAAUUGCAAACUUGCGAUUGUCAUGUUGUUAAUGUGAAAAACGAAUCGUUCAUUUUCAAUUUCUAUUUUCCUCCCCAGACGCAUAUUUCUAUUUCGUUUACACCUUCUCGAAUUCUCGAAAUUUCGAAGUUCGAAGAAACUUCGAAGGGGUGUUCGAUGCUUCGAAGCUUCGGAGCUUCGAAACUUCGGUCGUCGAAUAUUUCGUAUCGAAGCUUCGACGAAAAAUUACACUUCUACUCACGAUUGAUAAUCUCGUCAGAGAUUACGUUACGCUACGCACAGAGGAAGAAGUUUCUCGUUCGCGAGCAGUCCGGGCUGCUCGGGCUUUGCCGUGCGGAAUCAGCUUGAUCUCACCGUGUCACGCACGUGGAACACAACUUACGCUUCCAAGUGUGUCCGACCCGACACAGGCUGGUACUACUUGGCCACGGAGUCGUGGAGGCGUCUCUUUAGUCGAUACUAAGCUUUAGUCAAUAGCCCAACAAUCCCUCUUGACAAUAUUAUAACUCAAUUUAUUGGAAUAAUAUAUACUCGGUAAAAUACACGUAAAGCACAGUAGAACCUAUACACUUACAAUGCAAUCUUGCUCACGAUCGUUUUUAUAUGUGCGACCGCGUAAAAAAUUAUUAAUAAUCAGUGCCUCGCAAAAAAACGUUUCUUAAGGAAGCUUCAAAAAUGUGUCUACCGAGUGUUCACACGCACGAUUGAGAAAUCGCGUGUGUGUGUCACUUAAUUAGGGAUUACGAUUCGUUGCGUGGUCCUACACCUAAUAAUGACUGGCAAUAUUUCAAGGAUAAAUGGUUGCGUUUACGGCAGUUUAAUCAAUAAUCGCCUGUAUUAUAUCGCGUCAGUCGCUUCUUAAAAGCGAGUAACGCCAGACCACUCGAGUCAAGUGGCCAUUAUCGUCACAUUCUCUGCGUCAACUGUAUAAUGCAUCAACUGCGGUGCUACUUGAUUAUUUAACGGUACGUAAGAACCAAUUCGUCCGUUCUUUUACUCCUUUCACUCGACGGUACUUUCAGGGGGCGAGUGAUGGCAGAGAGAGAGAGAGAGAGAGAGAGAGAGCGGAAAAGCGACAGACAGAGCGCAAGAAGGAGUAUGAGUGCCGCCUAAAAGACGGGGAAACGCAGUUAAUGUCGCAUUACGGCGCGGACCGCGCAUAAGAACGUGCAUUGUUUCGCGGUGUGUCCUGUCGUAAAAGAGGGCCUCUCGCAGCACGAGACAUGACGGAGAUCAGCGACGAAGCCAAAAGACGACGGGAGGAAUGCGAGAGGAAGGCGAGGCGGGGGGAGAUGGACCCCCGCUUGGAAUUCGCCUUCCAGCUCUUGAUGGACGCGACGCAGUUGAACCGACACGAGGUCAUGGACCACGUCUUCGAGGGUGACAUGUUGGACGAGAUCAAUCUGCUGUUCGUACCGCAUAUGAGAUCUACCCUCGUCUGGUAUUACCAAGAAGUGGAAGAGCCGGAGCCUCCGACCGACACGGUACAACCGAAGGCUGCAGCUUCGAGCAGAUCAGCUCCGAACGCGACGACGUCGAAGGUGAAGGAGCAGAGGGAGCCGAAGGAACCACCGAAGAAGAAGCUCUUCCUGACUGAUGGCUGGCAGACGCCUUGCACAGGCAUCUGCAUUUACAUGUUCAGAAUCAGCGUGUCGAAGCCACUGCCCGAGGAAGGCUUCCAGAAAGACCUCUAUACAGGUGUGAUAGACACGAUGAAGGUGGGCGUAAUCACUUCCAUCCAGCGAGUCGUGGAGCAAGUGUUCAUGGACGCGUUAGCGCACCCCGGCGUGGAGGAUGAGGACGAUUGCUCGAUGAUCAAGAGUCUCCUGCUGCCGGGUUUGCGAUCCUUUUGCAGCGCUCUCAAAGUUUGCGAGAAGGUAGCGCGCGAAGCUAGCAUAUUCAGCGACGGCGAGCCGAUGAUGACAGAAGUGCACAACUUCGAAGAGGCGAAGACCUUCGUGGCGAAGGAGAACGCUGUGGAACAGAUCGAAGACAGGGUGAGGCUCUGGAUAAAGAGACUCAAAGACUUCAUGGCGGAGAGCAAGCAGGUGAAGAGAGAGAACGAUAAUUCCGGGCCGCAGCAGGAACUCGAAUACUGGAAACGACGAGGAGCGCAAUUUAGCCAACUGGUCAACCGUCUGCAGGAUCACGAGGUCACUAUGUCGCUGCUGUGCCUGCAAGUCGCACGCUCAAAAUUGAUCAAGGACUGGGUCGACGCGGAGGACGAAAUUACCUAUUGCUACAACGAAGCGAAGGAUAACACCAAGUUCAUCCAGGCGCUGGAGAAGUGCUGUCAUUGCCUUUAUCUCGACGAUCCUGUAAAAAUGCGAGAUUCGCUGGUGUCGUUACUGCAGACUGUUAGGCUGAUAUACAGCGUCUCGAGGUAUUACAACACUUCGGAGAGAACGAGUUCUUUGAUGAUCAAGAUCACGAAUCAGAUGAUCGCCGCCUGUCGAGAUUACGUCACGAAGAGAGGUCGGGAGACGGUCUGGAGCCAAGAUCGCGUUGCCGCGCGAUCGAGGCUGAAACAUUGCCUACGUCUGAACAAAGCCUACAGAGAGACGUACAGACUGGUUCGAUGUUCGCCGGCGGUGACGGAACAAGAAUUCUCCUUCUCAGAGACGCACGUUUUCGGCCGAUUCGACGCCUUUUGCACCAGAAUCCGCAAGAUCCUCACAAUGUUCGAUCUCAUACAGGACUACCAAACUCUCUUCGAGAGGCGAAUGGAAGGACUGCUUCUCGGAGAAGCGUUGGACGAGGCGAUGAAGACCUUCGAGGAGGCGAAGAAGGUCGCGACCAGCAAGUCCUACGACUACCUGGACCCGAGGAACGCUGACUUUGACACGGACUACGAUGACUUUAUGACGAAGACAAACACAUUGAAGGAGAGCAUCGGUGAGAUCAUCGAGAAGAAUUACGCUGACGUGUGGGAGACGCCGCAGGGAAUACGAUUUUUAACGCGAUUCGAGAAGGUCAGCGAGAAAAUACCGCUGGCGAAGUUGGAAGAAAAGUACAACGUCGUCGUGAGGUACUGCGACAGGGAGAUAGACCGGGUUUUGAAGCUGUUCAAACGACAGAGAGACGACCCGCCGUUACCGAGGCACAUGCCACCCAUAGCUGGACGAUUGACUUGGGCGAAUUCCUUGAAAGUGCAUCUAGACGAGCUGACGACGUCCGUGUCGAAUCAUUCUGUCCUGAAGACCUUGCCACUGACCGGCGAUUUGAUCAAGAGGUACAAUCACGUCGUGACGAUUCUUAAACAGUACCAGACCGACAUUGCCGAGAUCUGGACGCACCAGAAUUCCUGGGUCAUCGAGGAUUGUCUGAAACGGCCACUGCUGAUCAUCGAUGAGAAGUCGACGAAAGUGAAGGUGAAUCUGGAGAGCCGAGUCGUUCUCUUGUUCCGUGAAGCCGACUGUCUGGCGAAGAUCAACUUGGAGAUCCCAAUCGUCGCACUGACGAUAUUAGCGAAGAGAGAACACUUCACGCUGAUCACGGACUCGCUUCAGCUUAUGAUCGAGGAAUUCGUCUCUACCGCCAAGCGCGUGAAGUUGGAGGUUCGACCGCUCUUGUUGCCGCAUUUGGUUUGCAUCGCGUCUCUCUUGAAGCCCGGCUUAACAAUCUUAACAUGGACCAAGCCGGAUUGGAAGGACUUCUGCCAAAGCACAAAGGAGCAGAUCAAGACCUUCGACAUCCUGAUUACGAGGGUGCACGACGUCUACGACAACAGGAUCUUGCAAGUGUUGGCGAGCAUGCAGAAAGUAACCUUGCACGCUCUACCCGAAUCCGAGCAGCCGUGGACGAUCGAGGGGUUCGUGGAGAAGAACGAGGAGAUAUGUAGGACGGCUGCGGUGGAUUUGCACCGCAAGAGCACCAUGGUCGAGGAAGCGGUGGAGGAGGUGUUGCAACUCGUUAGAAAGGCCAUAGACAGCUUCAAAAGCACCGCCGAUGCCCACCAGUUUGACUUCCUCACCGGCGAAGGGACAGAAGGCGGGGGGGAGGCGGCGGAACAAAGCAUCCAGCAAGAUUGGUCCGUGGUGUGGAACUACUUCGAUGACCCCCAUCAGUUACUGACAACACCAGGCGCUUUACCCAAAGGCAUGCAGGAAAUGGUUCGGAACGCGGUAUCCGAGAUGAGGCGAUAUUAUUCCAGGAAGGUUGUGGACGUAUUAAUAAAAGUCACCAGGAUAUCGCUGGACGCGAUCAGAAAGCGGUUCAUACGGGAACUCGAUUCGGAGGCCUCGCCGAACCCGAUAUUCCUGCUGCACGCGACACUGAUGAUCCCGUCAGUGACGGUCAAACCGAGUCUCGACGACGUUCAGGAAGCACUGACGUCGGUCGGCAGGGUCAUCACGGGCGUCGCCAAAGGAGUGGCACAGUGGAACGUGAAGAAUGCCAAGAACAUGUGGAAGAGCCUGCCGUACACGUCCAAAAGAACGUCCAAAAGGAACCUGGUCAACGUCGUGCUGCGAGCGCAGAAUAACGCCGGGAGGCCGGAGAAACAAAAACCGGAAGACUCGAAGGCCAGGAGACGUAGGCUUUACAAGAUUCUUUCCGAGGAGAGGCCCAUGUUCCCAACUCAAGAAACGAACUUCUACACGAUGGUCAUGGACAACAAGGAAAUUAUUAAAUUGCUCGGCAUGCUGAGCACCUGCACCGUGGAGUUACGACAGGACUUGACGGAAUUCCUCGACCGCUGGAAGCCGUAUAAGUUUCUCUGGAAAAACGAACGUAGCAUGCGAGAGUUGCUGCAGAUCUCCCUGUCGGAAUUCGAGACCACUCUUCGCAAGCACAGCGAACUCGAAGACCGACUAGCCACCGAGCCGGAUAUGAUCAUAUUCGGCACAUCGAUCGCCGUGUCGACGGAGAAGCUCAAGUACGGUCUCUACACGGAGAUCAAAGGUUGCACGUAUAAGAUCGGCCAGGCGAUGAAGAAGAAGUAUCGCCGCGAAAUGGAGUAUGUUUACGCGCUGAUGAACGAGAUGGAUCGCAAGCUGGAUCACCAGAUCCGCGACUUGGACGACGUGCGCCUCAUCAUGGACACGCUGAAGAAGAUCCGCGAGCAGGAGGUCGACAUGGAGCUGAAAAUAGACCCGAUCGAGGAAGCCUUCAACAUAGUCACCAGAUACGAGGUGCCCGUGGAUCAGGAAUGCCUGGAGCAGGUCGACAACCUGAGAGACACUUGGCAGAAUCUACUGGCGCGGGCGCACGAGAGCCACGUGCUGUUGUUGACGCUGCAGCCGCAGUUCCAGGACGAUUUGCGGAACAAUCUCGAGAAAUUCCGCGUGGACAACGAGAUGUACUGCGAGGAGUACAGAUCGUCCGGGCCGAUGCAGCCGGGCUUGAGCCCGCGAGAUGCCUCCGAUAGGCAAAUACUGUUCCAGAACAGGUUCGACGGUAUGUGGCGGAAGCUGCAGACGUACCAGAGCGGCGAAGAGCUCUUCGGCCUGCCCAACACGGACUAUCCGGAACUCUCGCAGAUCCGCAAGGAGCUGAAUUUGCUGCAAAAAUUGUACAAACUGUACAACGACGUCAUCGACAGGGUCAGCAGCUAUUACGACAUUCCUUGGGGCGAGGUCAAUAUCGAGGAGAUCAACAACGAGCUGAUGGAGUUCCAAAAUCGCUGUCGCAAGUUGCCGAAAGGGCUGAAGGAGUGGCCGGCGUUCUUCGCGCUCAAGAGAACGAUCGACGACUUCAACGACAUGUGCCCUCUCCUCGAGCUGAUGGCGAACAAGGCCAUGAAGCCGCGCCAUUGGCAGAGGAUUGUCGAGGUCACAAGGUACACGUUCGAUCUCGAGAGCGAAGGCUUCUGCCUGAAAAACAUCCUCGAGGCGCCGUUGCUGAAGAACAAGGAGGACAUCGAGGACAUCUGCAUAUCGGCGAUGAAGGAGAAGGACAUCGAGGCCAAGUUGAGAACGGUCGUGAACGAGUGGUCCUCUCACGAGUUGACGUUCAUGACGUUCAACAACCGCGGGGAACUGCUGCUGAGGGGAGACACAACCGCGGAGACGAUCGGCCAGUUGGAAGACAGUCUGAUGGUGCUCGGCUCGCUCAUGUCGAAUCGCUACAACGCGCCCUUCAGGAAGCAGAUACAGCAGUGGCUCACGGACCUGUCGAAUACGAACGAGAUACUCGAGAGGUGGUUGCUCGUGCAGAACAUGUGGGUCUACCUCGAGGCAGUGUUCGUGGGCGGCGAUAUUGCGAAGCAGCUGCCGAAGGAGGCCAAGAGGUUCAGCAAGAUCGACAAAAGCUGGCAGAAGAUCAUGCAGCGUGCCCACGAGACACCCGGCGUUGUGCCUUGCUGCGUAGGCGACGACCUGCUGAAGCAGCUUUUGCCGCACUUACAAGAGCAGCUGGAGUUAUGUCAGAAGUCCCUGAGUGGUUACCUGGAAAAGAAGCGCAUGAUGUUCCCGAGGUUCUUCUUCGUCUCCGACCCUGCGCUCUUGGAGAUACUCGGCCAGGCGUCCGACUCUCAUACUAUACAGAAUCACCUACUCUCCAUCUUCGAUAAUACACGCUACGUGAAGUUCCACGAUAUCGAAUACAAUAAGAUGACAGCCAUCAUUUCGUCGGAAGGCGAGACGAUUCUGCUCGAGAGAGCAGUGAGGGCGGAGGGCUCCGUCGAGACGUGGCUGAUGCAAUUGCUGCAAACGUCGCAGCUCUCCCUGCACUCUAUCAUCCGACAAUGCUACAGCAUGAUCAACGACGCGAAUUUCAAUAUGCUGACCUUCCUUGACAAGAUGCCCGCUCAGGUAGGGUUGUUAGGCAUCCAAAUGAUUUGGACGCGCGACGGCGAACUGGCCUUGGCUCAAGCUCGCGCUGACAAGAAGAUCAUGGUGGAAACGAACAACAAGUUCCUCGACCUGCUGAACACCUUGAUCGAUCAAACCACGAGGGAUCUCACGAAGAUAGAGCGCACGAAAUUUGAGACCUUGAUCACUAUACACGUGCAUCAACGUGACAUCUUCGAUAUUUUGUGUCGUUUGAACGUACGAUCCGUCAACGACUUCGAGUGGCUGAAGCAAUGCAGAUUCUACUUCAAGGAAGACCUGGACAAGACCUCCAUAUGUAUCACAGAUGUUCACUUCACUUACCAGAAUGAAUACUUGGGUUGUACCGAGCGAUUGGUCAUUACGCCAUUAACCGACAGGUGUUACAUAACUCUAGCGCAAGCUCUGUCCAUGUCGAUGGGAGGAUCCCCUUGCGGUCCAGCUGGAACCGGCAAAACCGAGACCGUGAAGGACAUGGGGAAGACCCUCGCAAAAUACGUCGUGGUCUUCAAUUGCUCCGACCAAAUGGAUUACCGGGGACUAGGCCGUAUCUACAAAGGACUGGCGCAGAGCGGCUCGUGGGGCUGCUUCGACGAAUUCAACAGGAUCGAGUUGCCAGUUUUGUCCGUUGCCGCGCAACAGGUCGCCGUGGUGCUCGCCGCGAAGAAGGAGAAGAAGAAACAAUUUGUCUUCACGGACGGCGAUCAGAUCGACAUGUGUCCGGAGCUUGGGAUAUUCAUUACUAUGAAUCCGGGAUACGCGGGGCGAAAAGAACUGCCGGAGAACUUGAAGAUACAAUUUCGCACGGUGGCGAUGAUGGUGCCCGACCGGCAGAUCAUCAUACGCGUGAAACUCGCCAGCUGCGGAUUUCUGGAGAACAUCACCCUCGCUCGGAAGUUCUACACUCUCUACAAAUUGUGCGAAGAGCAACUGACGAAACAGGUUCACUACGACUUCGGUCUGCGAAACAUAUUAUCUGUAUUGAGGACUUUAGGAGCGGCCAAGAGAAUCAAUUCCAAGGACUCGGAGAGCACGAUCGUCAUGCGCGUCCUACGGGACAUGAAUCUCUCGAAACUCAUAGACGAGGACGAGCCGCUCUUCAUAUCUCUCGUAGCCGAUCUGUUCCCUAAUCAAGUCCUGGAGAAAACGUCGUAUCCGGAAUUAGAGGCAGCCAUUAACGAACAAGUCGAGCAAGCUGGACUAGUUUAUCACCCGCCAUGGGUGCUGAAGUUGAUACAACUUUACGAGACGCAACGCGUGAGACACGGCAUCAUGACGCUAGGUCCAACCGGUGCCGGCAAGACUACUUGCAUACACACCUUGAUGAAAGCUUUGACGCAAUGUGACAACUCGCACAGGGAAAUGAGAAUGAACCCCAAGAGUAUAACAGCCGCCCAGAUGUUCGGCCGCUUGGACGUAGCCACUAACGAUUGGACCGACGGGAUUUUCUCGGCUCUCUGGCGCAAAACGUUGAAAUUAAAGAAAGGCGAGCACGUGUGGCUGGUGCUCGAUGGUCCUGUCGACAGCAUAUGGAUAGAAAAUUUAAAUUCCGUACUGGACGACAACAAAACCUUGACUUUGGCGAAUGGCGACAGACUGUCGAUGGCACCGACGUGCAAGAUCAUCUUCGAGCCGCACAAUAUCGACAACGCGAGCCCGGCGACUGUUUCGCGGAACGGCAUGGUGUACAUGAGUUCUUCGGGAUUGGACUGGAAUCCGGUUGUCACCGCUUGGCUGAAGACACGAUCGACACUGGAGCAAGAAGUUCUCGACGAGUUGUUCGCGGAUUCUUUCGCCCAGAUCUACUCGUGGAGCACCCAAACGCUGACGCUCGCCAUCGACGUCCUGCAGUGUAACAUAGUGAGGCAAAUGCUUUGCCUGCUAGAAGGCCUAAUACCAGUCGAGACGUCGUUAGAGGAGACUGAAGACGAGGAUACGGAGAAAGACAAGCAGCAGCCGGUAACGGCGGAAUACCUGAAGCGGCUUUACGUGUUCGCGUUAGUGUGGAGCAUAGGGGCAUUGCUGGAAACCGCCGACAGGCUGAAGUACGACAGGUAUCUUCGCGAAAACUUCGACACGUUGGAUCUUCCAACCUCCGACAGGUACUUGGACGCCACGGUAUUCGACUUCUUCGUCACGGAUAAGGGCGUGUGGGACACUUGGACGAGCAUGGUGACCAAUUACGUCUAUCCCGAGUAUUUAACGCCCGACUAUAGCAACGUUCUGGUACCGAUACCGGAUAAUGUGAGGAUUCAAUACCUGAUCGAUCUGAUCGGCCGUCAAGACAAGGCUGUAUUAUUGAUAGGUGAACAGGGAUCCGCCAAGACCGUCAUGAUGAAGUCGUACAUGAAGAAGGCGAAUCCAGACACGACUCUGAGUCGUUCGUUCAAUUUCAGCUCGGCCACGAGUCCGUAUCAAUUCCAAAAGACCAUCGAGAGUUACGUGGAGAAGCGUUUGGGAAACACAUUUGGGCCUCCGGGCGGCAAGAAGAUGUUGGUCUUCAUAGACGACGUGAAUCUGCCGCAAAUCAACGAAUGGGGCGAUCAGAUAACGAACGAGAUCGUCCGGCAAACGAUGGACACGAGAGGCUUCUACUCCUUGGAGAAGCCUGGCGAUUUUACCGUGAUCGUCGAUGUGACUUUCCUAGCGGCCAUGUGUCAGCCCGGUGGCGGAAGAAACGACAUUCCCUCGAGGCUCAAGAGGCAGUUCUGCAUCUUCAACUGCACAUUGCCCGACAAUACGUCGAUCGAUCGGAUCUUCAGCGUUCUGGGAGAAGGGCAUUACAAUAUCAAGAGAGGAUUCUCGCAGGAAGUGCGUCUGCUCGUGAAGAAGAUGGUACCUUUAACCCGACUACUCUGGGACAGAACACGGACGAAACUGCUGCCGACACCCGCGAAGUUUCAUUAUAUCUUCAGUCUUCGGGAUCUCUCGAGGAUCUGGCAAGGUAUGGUCGGCACGUUGUCGACGGUCAUCGACAAAGAGAGCGUGCUGAUGUUGCUCUGGAAGCAUGAGUGCACGCGAGUGUUUAGCGACAGGUUCACGAUACAAAGCGACAAGGUCUGGUUCGGCGAGGAGGUGGUGCGCGUCGUCGGCGACGUUCUAGGGAAAAAGUACGUGGGCAUGCUGAAUCAGGAUCCUGUGUUUGUCGAUUUCAUGAGGGACGCUCCGGAACCGACUGGCGAGGAAGGCGAAGAAGCGGACGUGGAGCUGCCCAAGGUGUACGAACCUGUUUACGAGGAUCAGGUAUUGCGAGACCGAUUGGACAUGUUUCUCACGCAGUUCAACGAAAUGCAAAGGGGUGCCGGGAUGGACUUGGUGUUCUUCCCUGACGCAAUGCUGCACUUGGUGAAGAUAUCCCGAGUCAUUCGACAUCCGAAAGGCAACGUGAUGCUGGUGGGCGUCGGCGGCUCCGGCAAGCAAAGCCUCACGAAGCUCUCCUCCUUCAUCGCCGGAUACAAGACGUUUCAGAUCACCCUGACUAGGUCGUACAACGUGGCGAAUUUCUUAGAGGACCUCAGAUAUCUGUAUCGCACCUGCGGAGCUCAAGGCAAAGGCACGACUUUUAUCUUCACCGAUCUCGACAUCAAGGAAGAGGGCUUCCUCGAAUACUUGAAUAAUAUUCUCAGUUCCGGAGUGAUCAGCAACUUAUUCACGCGCGACGAGCAAGCGGAAAUCAUCUCGGAACUGACGCCUAUCUUAAGACGAGAAAAUCCCAAGAGGACUCUCAAUAACGAGCUGGUGAUGGACUUCUUCCUGCAGAGAACCUGCCAGAAUCUGCACGUCGUCUUCUGCUUCUCUCCCGUAGGAGAGAAGUUCCGGAAUCGUGCGCAACGAUUUCCCGCGCUCAUUUCAGGCUGCACCAUAGACUGGUUCCAACCUUGGCCCAAGGACGCUCUGAUCCUGGUCGCCAAGCAUUUCCUUCACGACUUUGAGAUUGCCUGCACCAGCGAGGUAAAGGCUGAACUGGUGAACGCUUUAGGCUCCAUACAGGACAUCGUCUCGGGGACCUCGAUACAAUACUUCCAACGAUUUCGCCGCGCCACUCACGUGACUCCCAAGUCCUACUUGAAUUUCAUCAGCGGGUACAAGAACAUUUACCGGUCCAAGCGACAGGAGCUCGGCGAAGGAGCCAAGAGAAUGGACACAGGCUUGGCGAAGCUCGAAGAGGCGUCGAUAUCGGUUGAGAUCUUGAAGAGAGACUUAGCCGUGAUGGAACAAGAAUUGGUCCAAGCCUCGGAGAAAGCGGAGACGGUGCUUCUGGAGGUGACGGAGAGAGCCAUGCAGGCCGAGGCUUUCAAGAAUCAAGUGCAAAGAGUAAAGGAGAAAGCGGAACAAUUGGUAGCCUGCAUAGCCGAUGAGAAGGCCUUGGCUGAGCAGAAACUAGAAGCUGCAAAGCCAGCGUUGGAAGAAGCCGAGGCUGCCUUGAACACCAUCAAGCCCGCUCACAUAGCGACAGUGAGGAAGCUGGGUAGGCCGCCGCAUCUCAUCAUGAGGAUCAUGGACUGCGUGCUGAUCUUGUUCCAACGUAAGAUCGGCUCGGUCGUACCCGACACCGCCGCGCCGUGCCCCAAACCCUCGUGGGCGGAGUCCCUGAAGCUCAUGGCCAGCACGACGUUUCUCUUGCAAUUGCAAAACUAUCCGAAGGACAUAAUCAACAACGAGAUGGUCGAGCUGCUGCAGCCCUACUUCAAGAUGGAGGACUACAACAUGGAAACGGCCAGGCGAGUGUGCGGCGACGUUGCCGGCCUGCUCUCGUGGACUAAGGCGAUGGCGUUCUUUCACAGCGUCAACAAGGAGGUACUGCCGUUGAAGGCGAAUCUAGCGUUGCAGGAGGCACGAUUGAAGCUCGCGAUGGAGGACCUGGCGAACGCCGAGAGAGAGCUGUCCGAGAGGGAGAUGGCCUUGCAGUCGGUCAAGGAGCAAUACGACAGCGCGGUAGCGGAGAAGCAGAGACUGACGGAGGCCGCGAACGUAUGCCUGAGGAAGAUGACGGCUGCGACCGCCUUGAUCAAUGGCUUAGGUGGCGAGAAGAUCCGCUGGACCGAACAGAGCGGAGAAUUCAAGGUUCAGCUGGGGAAGUUGGUCGGAGACGUUCUGUUGGCGACUGGAUUUUUGUCGUACUGUGGACCUUACAACCAACAAUAUCGAGCGAGCUUGGUGGCCGCUUGGAUGAACAUACUGACCACCAAGUCUGUACCAUUCACCAAGAAUCUGAAUAUAACGAACAUGCUGGUCGACAGCGCGACCAUGUCGGAAUGGACUCUUCAGGGACUGCCGAACGACGAGUUGUCCGUGCAGAACGCACUCAUCGUCACCAAGUCUUCGUCUUAUCCGCUUCUUGUGGACCCUCAGAAUCAGGGGAAGAUGUGGAUCAAGAACAAAGAGUGCGCAAACGAGUUGCAGAUCACCUCGUUGAAUCACAAAUACUUUCGCACUCAUCUCGAGGACAGUCUCUCGUUGGGCAGACCGCUGCUGAUCGAGGAUGUGGCCGAGGAACUCGACCCGGUGCUCGAUAACGUGCUCGAGAAGAACUUCAUCAAGUCAGGAUCUAUCGAGAAGGUUAUCGUCGGCGACAAGGAGUGCGACGUGAUGCCGGGAUUCAUGUUGUACAUCACCACCAAACUACCGAAUCCCGCGUACAGCCCGGAGAUCUCCGCCAAGUCGUCGAUCAUCGACUUCACGGUGACAAUGCUGGGUUUGGAAGAUCAGUUGUUAGGCCGGGUGAUACUUAUGGAGAAAGCCGACUUGGAAGCGGAAAGGGUCGCCUUGUUCGAGUCUGUCAUGAACAACCAGCGCUCGAUGAAAGAGCUCGAGAGCACGCUGCUGCACAGACUCACGUCUUCGGAGGGCUCGCUGGUGGACGACGAAGCGCUGAUAACCGUGCUGCGAGAAACCAAGACCACGGCCGAGUCGGUGAACGAGAAGCUGCAGGUGUCCGCCCUCACCGAGAAGAAGAUCACGUUGGCGCGCGAGGAGUUCCGCGCGGUUGCGUCGAGAGGAUCUAUCCUGUACUUCCUGAUAGUCGAGAUGAGCAACGUCAACGUGAUGUACCAGAACUCGUUGCGGCAAUUCUUGACGAUCUUUGACAACUCGAUCACCAAGUCCACGAAGACUCCUAUCACUCACGAGCGGAUCAACAUAAUCCUGCGUCACCUCACUUACGAGGUUUGGGCGUUCACCCUGAGGAGCCUCUACGAGCGACACAAGUCCCUCUUCACGCUGAUGUUAGCCAUGAAAAUAGAUUGCCACAAAGGUACCAUCUCUCACGUGGAAUUCAACGCCUUCAUCAAAGGCGGUGCGUCCUUGGACCUCAACGCAGUGACGCCGAAACCGUUCAAAUGGAUACUCGAUAUAACGUGGCUGAACCUGGUCGAGAUAAGCCGGCUCGAGGUGUUCUGCGAUAUCCUAACCAAGAUCGAAUUCAGCGAGAAGGAAUGGAGAGCAUGGUACGAGAAAGAGAAGCCAGAGGAAGAGGAGCUGCCGUGCGGCUAUCAAAAGAGUCUCGAUGUGUUCCGGAAGUUGCUGCUCAUCAGAUCGUGGAGUCCCGACCGGACCUUGUCGCAAGCGAGGAGGUACAUCACCGAGUCGCUGGGUAAAGAAUACGGAGAGGCCAAAAUAUUGGAUUUAGAGGCGACAUGGCUGGAGUCCGAGACCAGGACGCCGCUGGCGUGCCUGUUAUCCAUAGGGUCCGACCCGAGUCCGCAAAUUACAGCGUUAGCAAAGCAAAAGACGAUCCCGUUGAACUCGGUGUCUAUGGGACAGGGCCAAGAGUUUCACGCCCGCAGGAUGAUCAACGAGGCCAUGAACACGGGCGGCUGGGUCCUCCUGCAAAAUAUCCAUCUGUCGUUGCCCUUCUGUACAGAAGUGAUGGACGCUCUCGUCGAAACGGAAACGGUGCACGAGGCGUUCAGACUCUGGAUGACGACAGAGGUUCAUCCUCAGUUUCCCAUCGGCUUACUACAGAUGGCGAUCAAGUUCACAAACGAGCCACCUCAGGGUAUAAGGGCUAGCUUGAAGAGGACCUAUCAAGCGAUAACUCAAGACACGUUGGAUUACAGCACACAAUCACAGUGGCCACCCUUGUUGUACGCUGUCGCGUUUCUGCACACCGUAGUGCAGGAGAGAAGAAAAUUCGGGCCGCUCGGCUGGAAUAUACCUUACGAGUUCAAUCAGGCAGACUUUGCGGCAUCGGUUCAAUUCAUACAGAAUCAUUUAGACGAUAUGGAUCCCAAGAAGGGCGUUUCCUGGCCGACCGUCUGUUACAUGCUCGGAGAGGUUCAAUAUGGCGGUAGGGUCACGGACGAUUUCGACAAGCGCUUGCUGACGACUUUCACGCACGUCUGGUUCUGCGACGUGCUGCUACGACCGGGCUUCGAGUUCUAUCGAGGAUACCGAGUACCCCAGACGAGAAAUCUCCAAGGAUAUUUAGACUAUAUCGACAGUUUACCCAUCACCGACACGCCGGAAGUUUUCGGCUUGCACCCAAAUGCUGAUAUCACUUAUCAGAUUAAUACGGCGAAGGAUAUCCUUGACACGAUACUCAGCGUGCAGCCGAAAGAGAGUGGCGCACAGGGCGGCGAAACCAGAGAGAACGUCGUGUAUAAAUUAGCUGACGACAUGCUGUCCAAACUACCCAAGCAGUACAACUCGUUCGAGGUGAAGGAAGCUCUUCAAAGGAUGGGACCGUUGAUGCCGAUGAAUAUAUUUCUGAGGCAAGAGAUAGACCGGAUUUCAAGGGUCAUUAAGGAAGUACGAAGCACUUUAACAGACUUGAAACUGGCUAUCGAGGGUACGAUUGUGAUGAGUCAAGGCCUGCGGAAGUCGCUAGACUCAAUGUACGACGCGCGUAUCCCGGAAAGAUGGUUGAAGAUAUCUUGGGAGUCGGCGACCCUGGGUUUUUGGUACACGGAGCUUCUGGAAAGAGACUAUCAGUUUAGACAGUGGUGCAACCACGGCCGUCCGAGGGUUUUCUGGAUGACCGGAUUCUUUAAUCCGCAAGGAUUUUUAACAGCAAUGAGACAGGAAGUGACGAGGGCACACAAGGGUUGGGCAUUGGAUUCUGUGGUCUUGCAAAAUGUGAUAACGCGUUACAACAAGGAGGAUAUAAAAAAUCAACCGCAAGAAGGGGUGUAUGUCCACGGUUUAUUUCUCGAGGGUGCGUCACUCGACCGAAAAGCCGGUAAACUCGUCGAGAGCAGACCGAAAGUCCUCUACGAACAAAUGCCAGUUAUUUACAUUUUCGCGAUAAAUACUACCGCCGGCAAAGAUCCGAAAUUGUACGAGUGCCCUAUAUAUAGGAAACCCCAGAGAACAGACUCAAAAUACGUGGGUUCUAUUGAUUUCGAGACGGAUCACAACCCUCGGCACUGGACACUCCGUGGUGUAGCCUUGUUAUGUGAUAUUAAAUAA